CCCUGGAAGUGACCAGACUAUCACAAGCAUCACGUUCAGCCAGAUAUAGGGAGAAAGAAGCUCUAGGAUAUUUAGCACAUCAGUCUUCUUUUAAUGAUCUCAGGCAACAUUAGAGGACACAACAUUAAGCGCUGAACUUUGAUGCAGAGAUGCUUUUCUGGAGCUGUUUACUGUCACUCUUUCUCUGGCUCAGAGUGUCACAGACUGCUGCAGAAUGGAGUGCUGAAAUGCCAGAAUCAGUGGUGGGUUUGUCUGGAUCAUGUGUGGUGAUUCCCUGUACUUUCAGCUACCCCGCAGAUGGAAAAACAUACACAGAAUUUACAGGGAUUUGGUACAAAGGAUAUUAUGAAUUAACAGUAUACCAUACAGACACCUCAGAAAUCAGUGGCGCAUUUCAAGGUCGCACUAGUCUCACUGGUGAUUUGAGUCAAAAUGACUGUUCUUUAAAAAUCAGCUCUCUGAGCAGCAGUGACGCUGGAUCAUUCAUGUUCCGGAUUGAGAUUAAAGAUCUGGACAAGUACACCUAUGUCAAGAACAUAACUUCUGUAACAGUUAACGAAACAACAGAGAUCCCUAUCUCUGUAGAAGAGGAAGUGACAUCAGUGAAACCAGUGACUGCCACCUGUGCCGUGUAUCAUUCCUGUCCCUCGAACCUGCCCCGUGUCACCUGGAACCACAACGGCACACACUCGAGUCGAUCACAGCCGCAAAUUCCAGGGCAGUUGAGGCUUACAUUUUACACCCUGACCUUCACCCCAUCUAGAGAAGACCAUAAUAAAGAUCUCAGCUGCUCUGUGGCGUUUAAAGGGAAGACCGUGACAAACUACACAACACUCAAUGUUAAAUAUCCUCCAUAUGAUGUAAAAGUGGUUUCUAAACCCUCAGUGAAGGAGAAUGACUCUGUUGAACUGACCUGCUCCAGUGACAGUAACCCUCUUCCAAACAGCUACCAGUGGUUCAGCUCAAAUGGGAUUUUGUUGGCAAACGAACAUACUCACAGACUGGAGAGAGUCUCCCGACAUGCUGAGGCCAUUUCCUGUACAGUCAUUAACACAGUGGGAAAAAACAGUUCUGGUCCACAGAAAAUUAAUGUGCUGUAUCCUCCAUAUAAUGUAAACGUGGUCACUAAACCUUCAGUGAAGGAGAAUGACUCUGUUGAACUGACCUGCUCUAGUAACAGCAACCCUCCUGCGAACAGCUACCAGUGGUUCAGCUCAAAUGGAGCAACGUUAGCAAAGAGCCCCUUUUACAAACUGGAGAGAGUAUCCCGACAUACUGAGGCCAUUUCCUGUACCGCCAUUAACACAGAGGGAAAAAACAGUUCUGGUUUACAGAAACUUAAUAUACUGUAUCCUCCUGAGAUUAAAAGUGAAUCUUCUUGCCAGACUAAAACUUUGACUGUCUGUGACUGCAUUGUGGACUCCAACCCCCCCAGUGAAGUCAAGUGGUUUGGUCCAGAUUCCUUGGAAACCUUCUCCAGCACCAGCAUUAAACAAACUGAGUCUUUUACCAUAUUCACCCUCCAGGGUUGGCUGGGUUUCCCUGAGACUGUCCAGUGCUUCGCCAAUAACACUCUGGGAAAUUCUUACAUAACUUUAGAAGCUCCUCAAAAUGGCAUUAUGAUACACAUUGCUGUUGCAUCUGUUGCAGUUGUUUUAGUCUGCAUUUUAGUGUAUGUUGUGAGAAAACGCUGGCAACGAUCUCGCUCUCUCGGUCACUCUCUCAUAAGCUACACAUCAUAGUUUGACUCAAAAAAGACCACAUCACUGCAGAUUGAUGGUACUCACUUUGGUCACCCACUACUAUAAUGCCAGCGGUCAUGUCCUUGAUGAAUUCCUCUUCAGAACCUGUGUGCUUUGAUCAAAACAACGGGAAGUGUUAAAAUAUGUCUUACAGUAUUAACAGUUAUCGAACUCAAAUAAAUGUGCACUUAUAAAGUAAAUAAAUUCAUUUACAAUUUGUCCAAGCUCCACAAUGUUACAGUCAUUCCCAUUAUGCCUGCAUAGCACUUUGAUGGAAACAACCAUAAAAGAACUUGCUGAGGUACAUCCACAAGUAUUCUGUGCUUAUCUUCUGUCGAUCCAGAAUAUCAAUGACAAUACACAAACAUGUUAAAACAACACUAUAAAUAAAAAUAAAUAAAUCUUGAUAGAGAAAGCCAAAAUAUCAUUGCAAGUUUACAUUUCAAUUACCAAAACCAUAUUUAACAAUCCAGAAAAGGAUUUUAAAUGGCACAACACAGGAAAUUAGAACAAAACAGCUAAUUUUACACAUUGUGACAAUACUUAUUGCAGGGCUGUUUAUACAAGAUAUAUGUCAUCAUUGCUAUUCAGACCAUUGAUUUGAUAACUGACAGUAUAUUCACGCAGCGUUGCGAUGGGUUCUGGUGAGGCACGUCAAUAACCUGGAUAUACUUCAUUAUAACAGAAACCUUCACACAUCAGCUACAGUAGCUAUUAAAACUGAUAAAAACACUCUGGAGACUGCAUGUGCCUUAACAUUUACAAUUAAAAGAAAAUAUUGCACCAAUAAAAUGUAUAAUGUGACUUUAAUUACUUAAAUUAUCUCUGGGUCGGAGGACUAAAAUUUACAUUAAUAAAUGGAGAACAAACAAGUAUUUCAUUAAAUGAAUUGUUUACCCGAAAAUGGAAAUUUCUUGAACAUUUACUCCCCCUCAGGCCAUCCAAGAUGCAGAUGAGUUUGUGUGUUCAUCAGAGCAGAUGUGAAGAAAUUUAGCAUUACAUAAUUUGCUCACCAUUUGAUAAAAACACUGAAAUAAUCCAGAACUCAUCCACACCAGUCCAGUAAUUAAUGCCGUGCAAGGUAAAAAGCUGUAUGUUCGCAAGAUGUUUUUUGUUUUUUUGUAAGACUGUCAUUUUUGGGUGGACUAUUCCUUUAAUGUAAAUUAAUGUUAUGUGGUUUUAGUUAGCUUAGUUGUGGAGGAAAAUAAAACACAAUAUUAAACCAAAACCUCCUGGCAUGAAUUCUGCAUCAAGCUUGUUAAAGACUUGCUAUUAGGUUCAAUUAUAUGCAAUCUUCUAUGCAAUAAUUCAAUGUAAUCCAAUAUUAAGUGUUUCCUGGAU